UUAUUAUUCAACAGUAAAAUAUUAUGUGUAAGACAAUUAUCAAUUUAUUUUAUGAUUUUGCUUUUUAGUAUACAAAUCGCAUUUUAAUUGGCAUUUUUGUUGUUUAAAUCAAAGGAAUGUCGUUUCGAACCGAUAUGCUAUCGAAAUAAUGAACAAUCGCUGUAGGGUUUUUCGCUAGAGGAUUUUUCGCACAAAUGUUACAUCGCACCAAUAAAGCAUCGAUACAAUAAAAUAUCGCACAACUGAACUACCGACACAAAGUGUUCGGUAUAAUGAAAAUCAAACUAUCAACUUUCGAACACAAGUAGGGAACCCCUUUAAAUUUGGAGGUUCGCACCAAGAGCUUCAUUCUGUAUUUCGAAGUGCUCCUGCAUUAGAAUCGGCUCCAGUAAAGUCAUAUCUUCGAGGAGUCAUCAUCAUCAGUGACGUAAAUAAAAUUGUGAGUGUUCAACAUGUCUGAUUCAGAGUUAGAAUUUUUCGAGCCUGAACGCAAACCAAAGACGAAGCGAAAGUCUGCGAGUAGAUCCAAAGAGUCUAUCAGAUCUGGUUCUUCUAAGAAACCCAGACACGGGAAGCUCCAAGAGACGUUGGAUAUACUGGGCUUGCUGUCGGAAGACGAAGAAAGUGUGGCUGCUGAGAACGCGCGACGCUCGCCAGCUCGCAAUAAGCAGCUUGACAGCAGCAUCAGCAACCGCGUUGCUAACGGCUGUGUGGUGCGCCGCACGCUCCUCGACGGACCGUACUACGUGGAGACGCGCGUGUACACCACCGAGGACGCGCUGACGACGUCGCCUGAGCUGCGCUACACCAAGGCUCUGGUGACGCUGAAGGCGCAGCUCGACCGAGACCAGCCGGAGUGGGCUUGUCUGCAGAAGUUCUUGCAGAAGACCAAGUCCUCCUUGUUCGCUGAUAGCAAGCCCAUAUUUUAUAGUAAUAAAAAGUAAUGUGUUCGGUUUA